AUGGCGUUCUUGGAUUUCAAGCCCAAAAUUCCAGCUCUCGAAUCAACAACGGCAAGGAUAUAUAUUUACUUAUGGAAUCCUGCCACCCGAUUUUGCACCAAAGUGCUUGAGCUUGACCGCUUGGACGAAUGUGGCUAUUAUACACACGGGGGACUUUGUUUUGACUUCUCCAAGAAUGUUUACAAGGCAAUGUUCAUUAUGGACCAUCAGACCCCAGAUUAUGGUGGUGAAUUCGUUAUAGUUGCUAGUCUUAAAGACAAAAGAUGGAGGACAGUUAAAUUCCCUUAUGAUAUCCGCUCAGUCAGUGAAGCAAUUACACUACAUGGACGACUUCACUACGGUGUAAGGGUUAAAAAGAAAGACGAAAGUAUGUGGGAUAGUUUUGAUCCUUGUAACGAAAUAAUUUAUUUUGAUCCUGUCUCUGAAAAAUUCCACAUGUUUCCCGUCCCUGAGCCUAAGACUGAUCAAGGAGAGAAUGCUAUAGUUGGUUUAGGAGUUUUAAAUGAAUGUCUAAGUAUGACUUGCUUGAAAGAUGAUAAGGUGGGUGUUGAGAUACUGGUCAUGAAGGAAUAUGGAGUAAAGGAAUCAUGGACUUCUUUAUUUUUCAUAAGGAAUUUAAAAAUAAAUCCUUCAUAUGGAAUGGUAACACCGUUUUCCAUGACAGAAGAUGGAGAACUAAUUUUGGAGAUAUAUGAUCUUGAAGAAAAAUUUGUUGUAUACAAUCCGAAGAAUGAUAAUACGCAAAACCUUCAUAUUCGUGGAGAGAAAGUAUCUAUAUAUGACACCAUUAAUUAUGUGGAAAGCUUGAUCUCGCCAAAGGAGUACUACCGGAGUAGAAAGCGCCACAAAAAGUUUGGUCAGCUAGAUUAUUAUAUCGAGGAUGGGCAGAAAAAGAAACAAAUGAAUGCAUGGUAG